GUAGGUAAGAGAAGCGUGUGCUGGGUCCCGGGGAGCUGCUCGGUGGCGGGGGCGCUUCGCCGUGCGGGGGGAGAUGCAGAGCCUCGCAGGGCAGAUCGGGAGCGAAUGGUCCCUCCGGCCUCCGCCCCGCGGGGAGAGGUCGCAGCUGAGGAGGAGGCGCGGCCGGCACCGUCGAGCCAAGUCAGAGUCAGACCUGAGGGAUGUAGCCCCGCUCCCGGCUGGGGCCCAGCUAGCCCUGGGCGGCGCUUGGCCUGCGGAUCCCUCCAGGAAAGGGGGCUCAGCACGGCACUGCCUGGUGCAGAUGGAUACCAGGGACCGCGAUCCGGAGCCGGAACAAGGCGCAGGAGGGGAAGCGGAGCAGUUCCUGGAGUCAGGGCCGGGAGCCGGGACCCUAAAGGCCAGCAGGAUAGAGGCCACCUGGGGCCUCUGCUUACACCUCUGGUUCUGGAGACGAGUUGCUGGAAUUUUGAUUGCCGUUCCUGUGAUUUUACUCUUGAUCUGGUUUAGCUGGAGUCCUCCAAUAUUGCCUCACCUGGAGCCGUGCCGUGAUGACUGGCUAUACUACAGAAAGAAAUGUUAUUACCUCUCAGAAGAUCAAGCAAACUGGGACUCCAGUCAGAGCUUCUGCUCUGCACAUGGGGCUUCUCUUGCUGUGAUUGAAAGCCAACAAGAAAUGAAUUUCAUAAUGAAUCGAAUGCGCACAAGAGACUCUUGGAUUGGGCUGCGCAAGAAAGGAGCCGAGUUCUACUGGGUGAAUGGAGAGACACUUAAUACGAGUCUAUUUCCUGUAUACCUAUCAGGUCAUGAAGAAUGUGCCCACACAGAUUCAAUCUCCAUUUCCACAUCAGAGUGCAGGUUACUCAGGAACUGGCUCUGCAGUGUGGGUCUGCCUCAGUCCAGCACACUUUCUCCAUAGAACACGGCUUGAUGUGUAAAUCCAUGGACUUUCUUCACGUGUGGAUCACUGGCCUGUAGUCCACAAUACCUGAACAUUUUGAAAUUCAGGAUCACGGUAGCAGCAGAGAAAACAGAGCCAUUGUGGGAGGGUUAGCUUGGGGGGGGAAUAGCUCAGUGGUUCGAGCAUUGGCCUGCUAAACUCAGAGUUGUGAGUUCAAUCCUUAAGGGGGCCAUUUAGGGAUUUGGGGAUUGGUCCUGCUUUGAGCAGGGGGUUGGACUAGAUGAUCUCUUGAGGUCCCUUAUGAUUCUAGGGUUCAUGAAUGCACAUCUUCAGUGCCAGCUGGAUAGUGAUCAAGAGAACAGUCAUCCCUACAUAGAGAAGAGUGAUAAUUCCUACAGAAAGCUGGUAGGGUCCAGGGGAAGGGCCGAUAUAGUGAUAGCAAUUGUAGCAGACUUGAGUGAGUGGACAGAACACUGACCAUAAUGAGACCUAGGAAAUGACUGCAACACAAAUAUUUCCUUGUUUGAGCUUCAGCGUUUCAGGUGUUUCAAAAACACCUAGGUGCCUAAUACCUAUUGGAGUUAGAGACCUAGGCACAUUGAAAAUCCCACUACAUGCCUAUCUGCAUCUUUAAAUACCUUUAAAAAUCUGUCCUAUUAUUCUUCUCUUCCUCCCCCUCCUCCCCUCUCCCCCAAUCUUGUCUAAGACCCUGGAUUGUUAUAUCACCUUAAAUGUAGAUUGGAGACUGUUUGAUGCAGUGACAGUGUCUUUACUGGUUUGUUGAGGUGCCUCAUACAUCAUGAAAAAAUAAAUGUUAAUUAAAAAUAUUUUUAAAAUGUAAAAGGCAGCAUAUCUCAUAAUAAUUAUGAUCAGUGCCUAGGUUUUCUGUUACUUUUCCUCAGUAGAUCUCAAAGUAUGUUACGAAGGAGGUCGGUAUCCGUGACAUUCCCCAGGUGUUAUCUGGACCAGUGUUCUGCUAGGUCACUCCAAUCCUCAACUCUGGGAGCCAGCCUUACCCUGCUCUGCUGUGAGAACCCCCACUCUUGGGCUGGUC